CCCUGAAUUCAAUAAUCCCACUCCACCACCAACUUCGCACACCAACCACCUUUUCCUUCCACGUCUCAAACUGCGUACUUGAAAUUCUCCAAUUGAAUCCAUUUAGAAAUUAACCCAUAAAACUAGCUGCCCAGCACCACCUUCAUAAUCACAAAAGGAUUGGGUAUUUUUUUCAUGGGGGGCCAACAAAAGAAGAUUGGUCAAACUCAAAGGAGGAGGAAUGAGAUCAUGGGUUUCACGGUUUCUCACAACAAGCCUUCAGGGUUUGACCUGAUGCAGAACUGUGAUCUUCCUCCACCCUCCAAGGUUUUCAUGGGUACAGAUAAGAGUGUUAUACUGUCCAUGAAUAGGGUGUAUAACAUUGCAGGCAAAGGAGAAGAGGAAGAUAAAAAAAACUCUGGUGCUUAUAGGAUUGAAAAUGGUGAUGAUGAAAGGGAUAAAAUGGAGCUUCUCAAGGCACUGCAAGCGUCUCAGACAAGGGCAAGGGAGGCAGAAAAGAAGGCUUCGAUUCUGAGAAAAGAAAAAGAGGGUCUUUCUAUGGCUUUGUUGGAGGAGGCCAUGCACUUGUUUGCGUAUCGGCAACAAGUGAGAUUGCUUGAGCUUCAAGCUUUGCACUUGAAACAAUCCCUUUGGCUGCAUCAACAACCCGAGGGAGAUGGCUAUGAUGAAGAAAGCACUAGUUUUGCGUGGGUUCUGGCUUUGGUUCUUUCAUUGGGAAUUGGAGUCACCACCGCCCUUGCUUGGAGAUACUAUCUAUGAAUAUCCCCUCUGCUGCCAUUGGAACCGUUUUCUGACAUGGGAGACGAUUUGCAUAUACAAUUUUUAACUUUAUAUUUAUACACAUCUCUGUAACCUAUCAAUUAUACGUAGUAUUAUUUUGUGUUUAAUCGAGUCGCGUAAUCAAUUAUAUUACUCUCACUGUUUCA